AUGAAGGAAAGAGAGAGGAAACAAGCGGCGGCGGCGUCGCCAUGCGCGGCGUGCAAGCUGCUGAGGAGGAGGUGCGCCAAAUACUGCGUGUUCGCGCCAUACUUCCCGGCGGAAGAGCCCCACAAGUUCGCUAACGUCCACAAGGUCUUCGGCGCUAGCAAUGUCAACAAGAUGCUUCAGGAAUUAGCAGUGCACCAGCGAGGAGACGCGGUGAGCAGCAUGGUGUACGAAGCCAACGCCAGGGUGCGGGACCCGGUGUACGGCUGCGUGGGCGCCAUCUCGUCGCUGCAGCAGCAGAUCGACCUGCUCCAGACCCAGCUGGCUCUGGCCCAAGCUGAGGUGGUCCACCUCCGCCUCCGCCAGGGCUUCUCUGCAGGGAGCCCAGCUGGGUCUCCUCCUCCUUCAAGCCUCAUGGGGAUUAUCCCUCCCAUCUUCGAGAUCGACCAGUCCAUGUGGUCGUGCUAG